CCCUGAUAUUUAUUGUGCCUUAUUUCACUUCAGUCGUCAGCGUCGCAACACUUAGAACUACGCACAAUAAAUAUGCCUCUUUACAACAUCUCUGGAUCCCAAUACCUUGGUCUGUUGAAAUUCUUCAACAGCUACCAGAGGAACAACGUGCUUGGCAAGCAGGAGUUAAGAGCCAUCCUCAGUCGUAGAGACAUCGAGCCAACCGACAAUGAGCUCCAACAGAUGAUUGACUCCAUUAGCGUGGAAUCGUCUGGAAUCGGCUUCCAAGCGUUCGUCGACUACAUCAGCGAGUUUGAAGGGCUCCGUGAUCAAGACAAAGACUUCUCCGCCGCUUUCAAUAUCUUUGACCGUUCUGGCACAGGAGAGCUUUCCCGUGAAGAUCUCGCCAUCGUCAUUGGAAAGAUGGGCCAGAAAGGCACUGAUGUGGAUGCAAUCAUCGAAGCCUGUGAUAAAAAUAAUGACGGAAAAAUUCAAUACGAUGAAUUCAUCGAGGUCAUGAAGAAACAAAUAUAGAGGACACACAGGGACCAAUUACACUUCAAGGAUAUAUAUAUAUAGUUGACAUUAUGUUACGAAAUGAACAGUUUUCGAAAGGACAGUACAAUAAAGGACCGAUUUGUGUGUCAUACCAGAGACAUUUACUUGUGAAACACAUAUAUACGAAGUAGAAUUACGUCAUGUGGAAGACAUUUACCCGAACACUAUCAGAAUUUUAUUUUCAUAAUGUGACACAUGUAUCAUGAUGCUUGUUAGUUAAAUAGAAUAACAUGUUAUUUUCUACUUGAA